GGGAGCGGACAGAGAGCACAGGAGAGAGGGAUAAAUAGCAGAAGAAAGGAGAAAAGGGGACACGGGCUGCUGCAACCGGGGAUACCUGCACACAUCAACGCGGGAGUUAAAUCUUAAUUAGAUGACAAUCUAAUUAACAGUGCUGGUUACUGCGCCACAACGCGCACUCAUUGAGGAUUUUCUCAGCCCGCACGUCCAACUUUUCUUUUUCUCCACUCCACGGGCCUCGCUCGUUGGCUCGUGUCGAGGCUCUCUGCUCAUCACUUGGAUCUCUACUUGGAUCGCCUGUGCUGUCGGGUGUCUUAUCUGUGAUGGGGGCAGCGGCGGAGGUUGGGAGCUUCGCCAACGGAUUUCUGGACAGCUUUGGCCCCGCGGGUGCCGUUCCGGCUCCCGUUGGCUCUCAUUUCGUUCUCACCCCAGCCGGGGCGGUGGACUACAACUCGGUCACCGGACUGAUGAUGGGGGGACAGGGGCAGCAGCAGGAGCACCUGGUCUCCGCGGAGAGGCUGUCCCGGAGCCUGGCGGACCUCAGCCAUCUGAAGGGGAUUCUGAGGCGGCGGCAGCUCUACUGCAGGACCGGCUUCCACCUGGAGAUCCGUCCCGACGGAACCGUGCAGGGCACAAGGAAGGACCACAGCAGAUUCGGUAUUUUGGAGUUCAUCAGUCUGGCUGUGGGGCUGGUUAGCAUCAGAGGGGUGGACAGUGGCCUUUACCUUGCCAUGAACAACAAGGGAGAACUGUAUGGAUCGGAGAAGCUGUCUGCAGAAUCAGUUUUUAGGGAGCAGUUUGAAGAAAACUGGUACAACACUUACUCAUCCAACAUCUACCGGCAUGGAGAAAAAGGAGCAUUCUACUUCGUUGCUCUGAACAAAGAUGGGACAUCCAGGGAUGGAACGAGGUCGAGGCGACAUCAGAGGUUCACUCACUUCCUACCGAGGCCUGUAGACCCUGAUAGAGUACCAGAGCUGUACAGGGACAUACUGGGCCAGAGCUGAGACUGAAGGGGACAUUACCAUAACCCUGUCAGAGCCAGUCUGAGCUGAAAAGCAACCCAAGUGCACCAAAUCCUCACCCCUUCUUGAAGGAGAUGGAAGAUCGUGUUGCCCCGCUGGCAUGAAUGAAGGAAAGAGACCCUUUCUGAAACAGACUAGCCGGGGAGUUUGACUGAACAGCACCAGGGAUCUUCUGUGGAAGAUGUGAAGGCCCCAUGACAGACAGAGGCUACCUGGGCCCCCGAAUAUUGCCCCUUUAUUGGCCUACGCAGAGGCCCAGGUGUUCAAACAGAUGAAUUAAGGAUUUUGUAUGAGUUUCCACUAAUUAAAUCCAACUACCUGCUAUUCAAAUCUGCAUGUUCAAGAGGACAAAAGCGUGGAAGUAAUUAACAUCUAAUGGGCUGCUACUAGCCUUUUACUGCUGUGGCUGGAUAGUCUUGUCAAUUCCACUGUUUUUAGUAGGCUUUUUAUUUUAUUCAAAAUACUACUGUGGCUGCUAAGUAAAUUAUUUAAAAAAAAAAAAAAAAAGCAUAAUCCACUAUACAGUGUGGCUGGUUUACACAAAAAGGUAAAACUAAAGGUAGUUUCAUGCACUGGAAAGCAGCCAUGUCUGUUCUGGGAAACAGGUCUGAGAGCUGGUGGAAUCUCCUGUACUUGACUGACUGUUGGGAUAGAUUCCCUUUGAAACUGCUCCAAAGACAGAUGCUGCUAAGAAAAUAUGAUUUUUCUAUAAAGUGCAUGAGCAACAAGAGAAGAAGUACAGAUCCAAUGGAGUUUUAUAAGGACUUCUUCUGUGGUGGCCUGUGGAACUCUAGAACCCAGUGAAGGAAUUCUGUUGUUCUCCCACUGAUUGCAGUCAACGAGCACCGACAGAGACGCCUUUACAAACCUGUUGACAGAUUUUAUUCUUAUUUAUUUUUUGUUUCCUAGGACAUACAGUAUAUUUAUUU